GAGCCGCGUCUGGGACGCUUUUGAAACGUGCCGCGGCGCGUCUGGUUAAACACAAGCAUUCACUAGAGUGGCCGCGGUCAGCUCCGGUAGCCGCGUCGGAGCCGUAACCCCUGAUUUACACUGCACGCAUCUGCGACACGUUACGGCUCCGAAGAGGUUUUGUUCCGUCCUCCACGCGGUGCCAACUUACACCAGAAGCGUUUCAGAAGCGAAGCAACAGGAUUCGUGGGACCACGUGAUUUGCCUGUCAGAUGUUAUUUGGUUGCUCAUUGUCCUGAUUUUUGGGGUUCCACCAUGGUGCCUGUGAGCAGGAGGAGAGCAUUGGCGUUUGUUCUCCUACUGGAAAUAAUACAAAGGGGCACAGCAAGUGAUGGGGGCGGAGAUACAGAUGUGGACCUCUGUAAGGUACUUGGCUUCUGGAGAGUCAAUGCUCAGCUUAGCAUUCAGCUAUCGCCUAGGGCACACAACUGUCAUGAACUCAGUUCAUAUGGUGUGUGCAGCCAUUGAAAAGGUGAUGAUGGAGAGGUUUCUACCCAGCCCAACACAAAAUACCUGGAAGGAGGUGGCCCAAGGAUUCUGUGAAAAAUGGAAUUUCCCAAAUUGUUUGGGAGCAGUAGACGGCAAACAUAUAAUUAUAAAAGCACCACCACUGUCCGGAAGUCAGUUCUUCAAUUACAAAAAUACUUUCUCCAUAGUACUUUUGGCACUUGUGGAUGCUGACUACAGAUUCCGAGUCAUUCAAGUGGGGGACUUCGGAAGAAGCAGUGACGGUGGGGUGUAUGCCAGAUCGGAUUUGGGGAGAGGAAUGGAGAACAACACAUUGCAUGUGCCACCCAGUACCUCUCUGCCUGGUGCUGCCCACCUGGGUGAUGUGCCAUUCGUUAUGGUUGGUGACACAGCUUUCCCCCUCAAGCCAUUCCUGAUGAGGCCAUACCCCGGAGCAAACCUCACGUUCAAAAAGAGGAUUUUUAACUACAGACUUUCACGAGCAAGGAUGGUGGUUGAAAAUGCCUUUGGCAUUCUAUCUGCCAGAUGGAGAAUAUUUCUGAACAGAAUCAACCUACAACCGAAACACGUUGACACACUUGUGAUGGCUGCAUGCAUCCUUCACAAUUUCCUGCUUGCCCCUAGCGAAAACCAGAGGUUGAUAGACGAGGCAGAGCAGUUGAGGAGACACAUGGCACCAGUGAGGCACAUGGGAGGAAACAGGGCAUCAACAGAGGCCUGUAAUGUAAGGGAGGUCUUCUGCACCUUCUUUAACUCUCCUCAAGGCAAUGUGCCUUGGCAGGAUAGGAUGGUGUGAUCAAAAAGAAUAACUACAAAGCUUAUUGCAGAGUGAAAGCAAUUGUACAUCAGCAUUUGUAAGCAAGUGUUUUUUUGUUGUUGUUGUGUUUUUUUCUUUUUUUUGGCUGAUAAGUGAUUAUGGUCUCAAAGACAAGUACUUGUUGUGUUGGUGAAAAGGUGUU